GUGAAGUGAAGUUGCGUGCGCGAUCAUGUGACUCGCGCGAUCCCGCACGGUGGGAUCUUCCGCGACGAGGAUCUCGCGGGAAAAGGGGGUUCAGACUUUCCUUUCCUUCGAGCCGGGUACGUGUUGUUGAAAACACGAUGAGAAUUUAGUAUUUUUAAAUACUUGAACCAAGUGAAUAUUUCAGUUGCAAUGUCAAUGUGCAUCAUGCGAUCGACAGUGACUUUAAAAUAAUUAUCGCGGUUACUCAACGUGCGGAAAUCUGCUACCAAUCUCCCGAGCAAUAAAUCCGAAGGAAUCGAAGGCGAUAUGCUGAUAUGUGAUUAGUGAAGUAGUUUGUGAAGAUUGAGUAAUUUUAAAUAAAAAGAACACACUGCACGACAAUCUUUGACGAUCUUAAUUCAAACAUAAAAAUGUGAUCUCGGAUUGAUUUUUUUCGCGCGAAUCUUAUACGAGAUAAACGGCAAUCAGUUGUCAAUCAGUAAGCAUCUAAAACAAUGAUAAACCUUAUAAUAUUAUCUAAAAUUCAUGGAGACAAAUCAAUUAACUAUAACGUAAGAAAUAAAAUAAUCGCGCUUCGCUGAUUAGUAUAUCAAGUCCGAAGCUAGCUAGAAGAGAACGUUCAAUCCUUUCUUCAACUAAGAAUCGUCCUAUAAGACGACGAUUGUAAUAAUCGGUGGGCCAAGCAGCCGUGAUAUGUUCCCCUCGUCAGCGGCGAUGCUGAAGAAUCUGCAGCAGAGUGCCAUGACCUCGCCCUUCCUGAUGGAGAACCUGCUCCAGAGCAAGGCGUCGCCGGGGACGGAUCUCACUAGUCUGACCUUGAAUUGGGCGGCGAGUCUGGUAGCGCGACAGCGCGAGAGAGAAUGCGAGGCGAGUCUCAGACUCGUUCGAGACCGAUCCUCCCCCAACGAUCUCGUCCAGGAUCACCUGGACCAACGAUCCGGCACGAUCGGCGGACGCGAUCGCAUAAUGAUCGAUUGCGGCGGCAGGGAUCAGCAGAGGUCCAGCGGCAGUAGAUCCAUUGAACGACAACAUGAUCGGAUGCAGCUCCUUCAACGUGAGAAGGAGGUCCUGGACCGGAGUCAGGGCGUAUAUGUCGACAUGGAGAACGAUAGGAUGGACGGGCCGGUGAUGGUAGACCGAUUGUGCGCGAUGGAGAGGCUCUGUAAUGAGAGGAUCGACAAUCGAUCUAAUUCCGGUGUCGAGUCCUGUAACUCGAACGUAGAUGAGGAUCCGAUUCCGGGCGCAGAAUUGGAUGGUGGUCUUCAACCGGCCGACAGGGAUGAGAUGGUGCUGGGCGAGCGUGUCUCCGCGAUCGAGAUAGACAGACGGUACGACCUUGGAUGCAGAAACGUCAUGCACACGUCCGAUGAGAUGACGAUCGCAUCGGGGGAGAGGGAGGCGACGGUGACGGCGGCGGCAACGGUGGUCGAGCGUGCCGUCGACAGAAUAGGCGAGAGGACCACCGCCUGUUCCUGCGGCGACGAGCAGUGCUCUGGACCAGCGUGCAGAACCAUCCAGGAGAAGGAGAAGCCGCAACUCAAGUUCAGCGUUAGCGCCAUACUCGGCGGUAAUCAUGACAGGAGGCCACAUUCCGAUAAUUUUCAAGGACUUCCACCGGAAGCGAUACCCGCCUUCUUGCAAAAUUUGCAAAAUUCAGCUGGUUACAAUAUCGCCAAGCCGAUUGCGAGGCCAGCGGCUUAUCAUCCUUAUCACAGACCGAGUCAUCAACCUCCUCAACGGCAUUUACCACCGAACGCUCAUCACACGUUACAACAACUGUUCUACAGGGGUCCAUAUUUGACAGUUGCUGGUUCCGGGACUGGAAGUCAUCAUCCUGGCACGCCCGGUGGAGGCGCCGUGUUUCCGGGGACCAUCCAGGGCAGCAUCGGUGAUUUUUCCGGGACUGGCUUUGUCUUUCCAUGGGCGACGAAUGCGCGCGGAAAGCCACGCCGGGGAAUGAUGAGGAGAGCCGUUUUCUCCGAUCUUCAGCGACGCGGACUCGAGAAAAGGUUCCAGAUACAAAAGUACAUCAGCAAGCCGGAUCGCAAGAAGCUCGCUGAAAAACUGGGUCUCAAGGACUCACAGGUGAAGAUCUGGUUUCAAAAUCGGCGCAUGAAGUGGCGAAACAGCAAGGAGCGGGAGCUGCUGGCGACCGGUGGCUCGCGCGAGCAGACGUUACCGAACAAGAACAACCCCAAUCCGGAUCUGAGCGACGCCGACGGGGAUCGGCCGAGAAUGGAUCUGAGCGACGUGAGCCCGCUCACGAGUCCGCAAAGGCCAGAGGAGCAAACGGAAAACGAAGAGGACGAGGAGAUCAAUGUCACGUGAUAAAACUCACCGCUGAACCCAGCAUCCCCCGUUCGCCCUCCGACGACAAGUGAUGACAAUUUUUUUAAUCCGUGAACCAAAGGCUACCGGCCGGACCAAAAAAAAUUUAAGCGAAACGUAGAUUUGACAGAGACUUUGAAGGAUCGCGGAAAUUAAUUCAAAGUUUCAAACUGAAAUCUGUUUUCAUACGUCAUUACGGAUGCAAUUAUAAUAUCAGUUUUUACCUUCAAUAUGAAGAUUACCUUCUUCUCGAGGUACCUUAGAUUGUGCAACAAUCUACUUAUGACGAGAAGCGUACGAAAUAAAUAUUGUGCAAGUCAUAAAGAAACAGCUGUUAAUUGUGGUCAUUUUGCAUUUUUCAGCUGGCUGAUCUUUAUUGGCGACUAUGUAUUCGCGGAUAAUUGGGCUAUAACAGGGUGUCCUAGAUUCAUUGUGCGAAGAGAAGAAUGUUUUAAACACGAGUGGCACGUGAUGUUUCGUAUCACUCACUAUUUUCAAUCGAUCUUUAAUUGUUUAGCGAUCAUCGGUUUGUCCUCAAUAUUUUUUUCUCGAGUUACACACGACUUGUGGCUUUGUUAUAUUUGAUAAUAGCAACACGUGUCGUCGCAAACUGAUUCCGAGCAAAACGAAAAUACGAAUGACGAAUACAGAAUAAAAAUGAAUAAGAAUGAUGUAUUAUAUUGUAAUUAGCGCGAUGAAUGUACUUUCGAGGAGUCUUCUAUAAGGUAUUGUGUAAGGUUGUAUUAGACGUAAUGUUACAAUUCUGGAAAUAUGUACCUAAGUCUACUUAUAAUGCGGUCGCGCGGUCAGAUCCAAAUGUAAUUACAUUCAUUGUGAUUCAAUAUAAUCUAUGUAAUAUAUUGAAAUAAAACUGUCUAUGCUAAGCGA